GAGCUGAGCGCGAGACACGCUGCUGCUGCUCGGAACCGCCGGUGGAUACAAGCCGCGAUGUUCCUCUUCGAGAAAAAAAACAACAUUUAUUAUUUUAAAAUGAAUUCAUACAAUCCGUGGACGUCGAAGUAAAAAAUAAAUAAAAAUAACUCGUGAAUCCGACGUCUGGUGCCCGGCCGGAGACAGAGGAGCCUGUGGUCUCUGUGCGCCCCGUUGUCACGUCUCUUUGUUCGGGUUCCUUACAUCUGUCCUUCACCUCCAACAUGGAUCAUUUAGAGAAGGAGCUCAGGUCGGAUGACGAGGCGGAAUACGACGACGAGGAAGUGGACCCCAGAAUCCAGGGGGAGCUGGAGAAACUCAACCAGUCCACCGACGACAUCAACAGAUGUGAGACGGAGCUGGAGGACGCGAGGCAGAAAUUCCGCUCGGUUCUGGUCGAGGCCACGGUGAAGCUGGACGAACUGGUGAAGAAGAUCGGCAAGGCUGUGGAGGAGUCCAAGCCCUACUGGGAGGCCCGCAGGUUGGCCAGACAGGCCCAGCUGGAGGCCCAGAAGGCCACCCAGGACUUCCAGGGAGCCACUGAGGUCCUGCGGGCGGCGAAGGAGACCAUCUCUCUGGCCGAGCAGAGGCUCCUGGAGGAGGACAACCGGCAGUUUGACUCCGCCUGGCAGGAGAUGCUGAACCACGCCACCCAGCGGGUGAUGGAGGCGGAGCACACCAAGACGAGGAGCGAGCUGGUCCACAAGGAGACGGCGGCCAAAUAUACGGCGGCAAUCGGCCGCAUGAAGCAGCUGGAAAAAAAACUCAAACGCACCAUCAACAAGUCAAAGCCGUACUUCGAGAUGAAGGCCAAGUACUAUCUGCAGCUGGAGAACCUGAAGAAGAACGUGGACGAGCGGCAGGCCAAGCUGUCCCGGGCCAAAGGCGAGUACAAGACGGCCCUGAGGAACCUGGAGCUGAUCUCCGACGAGAUCCACGAGCGACGGCGAAGCUCCACCAUGGGGCCCCGGGGCCGCGGCGUCGGCGCCGAGGGCGACGGCGUCCACGAGGACGACGUCUCCGGCUUCAAGAUGGAGUCAGACGGAAUAUCCAUGGCGUCGGUGUGUUUCGAUGACGAGGCCUGUGGCGGCGGCAGCAUCAUGUCGGAGGAAGACUCAGAGACUCGCUCCACCUGCAGCCUGGGCUCGUCUCCCAGCAGCCCUCAGGAGCUCCUGUCGCCCUGCCCCUUCGCCAGCUCCUCUUCCUCCUCCUCCUCCUGCACGUCCUCCUCCGCCUCCCCGUCGCCCACUCCCUCCUCCUCCUCCUCGUCCAUGUCUCCUCUGUCCAGGCCCCUCAGCCUGGACCUCCCCAGCACCGUGUCGCUGUCGGACUUCGGCCUCAUCUCUCCGGUGCUCGGGCCUCGCAGCGAGUGCAGCGGAGCGUCGUCACCGGAGUGCGACCUGGAGAGAGGUGACCGGGCAGAAGGUGCGGCGGGAGAUCUGGACAAUGCUCCAGCCUCCAACAGCAGCAGCAGCAGCAGCAGCAGCAGCUCCACCUCCACCUCCAGCACCAAGAAGAGCUUCAGCCUGGAGACGCGCUUUAGCUUUCUGAACCUGCGCCGCCCUCGCACCGCCAACGCCAAAAACACAGAGCGCUGUUCCCAGAAGGCCGAGGCCGGCCAGACUGUGGUCCUGGUCAAAGGAGUCUGAGGACGGAAGAGAGAAUCUGUCGGAUGGAGUUUGGCUCAUUUUGACUCAAACUCUCUCUAAAGAACUGAGCUGUUUAUAAGCUGCCGCCACAUCUGCACUCCAUUUAAAGAACAACUAAACCCUCCACAGUCAGAGAGACGUUGAAUGUUCUAGUCGCCGUCUAUAAAGUUUCCUGUACGUCACGGCAGCGUUGUUUCCUCAUGAAGGACUUUGCACCUUUUUAUUUCUCAUGCCUGAGAAAUAAAAAGCAGUUAUGUUGGAAAUAUGUCAUUUAAUUGAGACGGAAGAAAAGAAAGGUUAGAAAUGAUCCAUGUUAUAUUUUAUUUUGUUAUUUUUCCACUAAAAGCAAAAGUGCAUCAGCUGCCCGAGUACGAGCUCAUUUUAAACGUGCUUUAUCUAUUAUACAAUAUUCACAUAACUGUUCACUGAGUCCUUUAUUACUGUUCUGUAAACCGUGCAUCAAUUAUGUUAAAGGAUGAAAGUCACACGUGGAGAAGUUUAAUAAAUAACUCGUCUUAACCUGUAUUUCAUACUUGACUGUGUUGCUAUUCUGCAGUUAUAAGGAUGUAAAUGUUCCCUCCGAUGUUUAAAACAAGCUGUUUAUUUUACAUAUAAGCUGCUUUAAGUCUUUCAUUUUAGUAAGUUCAUUUACAUUUGAGCUUUUCUAGUCUUAGUUUUUGCCGCCAUGAUUGUUUUAUCUUCACCUCCGUCUGCUGCACAGCAGGCAGCACGUGACACGGUCAAGUUCUGUUCGAGACUGGAAAUACUAAAUAUCCUGUAAAACAUAUUCUAUACACAGUAUGAUUUGGUGUUCAUGAAGCAUUUAAAAACGUAUCUUAAGUAACCCCGUCUCACAAUACACAUGACUAAACGAUAGUUUCCCUUUUUUAAUCAUUUAGAUUAUUUCACUUCAUAAUCUGAAUUAUUUGCUUCUAUUUGUGGCGGUGCUACUCUCAGACGUAUGACUCUUUGUAAGCAGUCAGAUGUAGCUUUGUCUUAAUGUUCGUGUUUUUGAUUCUUUUGAACUUUUGUAUUGGAUAAAGUGGGAUAAAAGUUG